AUGUCAAUAGUAAAAAGAAUGGCUGCAGAGAACUCCUCUUAUGUGACAGAGUUCAUCCUUGCAGGUUUAACAGACCAGCCGGGACUCCGGAUCCCUCUCUUCUUCCUGUUUCUCGGUUUUUACGUGGUCACUGUGGUAGGGAACUUGGGCUUGAUAAUGCUGAUUGGGCUAAACUCACACCUGCAUAUUCCCAUGUACUUUUUUCUCCUAAACUUGUCUUUUAUUGAUUUCAGUUACUCCACCACUCUCACUCCUAAAAUGCUGGUAGGUUUUGUGUCAAAGAAGAACACUAUUUCCUAUGCAGGGUGUAUGACUCAAUUUUUUUUCUUCUGUUUCUUUGUCUUUUCUGAAUCCUACAUCCUAUCAGCAAUGGCUUAUGACCGCUAUGUUGCCAUCUGUAAACCACUGCUGUACACAGUCACCAUGUCUCCCCAGGUGUGUUUACUCCUUUUGUGGGGUGUUUAUGGGAUGGGAGUUUUUGGGGCUGUGGCCCACAUGGGAAACUUAAUGUUUAUGACCUUUUGUUCAGAUAACCUCAUCAAUCACUACAUGUGUGACAUUAUUCCUCUCCUUGAGCUGUCCUGCAAUAACUCUUAUGUGCAUUUGCUGGUAGUCUUCAUUAUUGUAACCAUUGGCAUUGGGGUGCCCAUUGUUACCAUUUUUAUAUCUUAUGGUUUCAUUCUUUCCAGCAUUUUCCACAUUAGUUCCACUGAGGGCAGAUCAAAAGCCUUUAGUACCUGCAGUUCCCAUAUUAUUGUGGUAUCUCUUUUCUUUGGGUCAGGAGCUUUUAUGUACCUCAAACCACCUUCCAUUUUGCCCCUGGACCAGGGAAAGGUGUCCUCCAUUUUCUACACUGCUGUGGUACCCAUGUUCAAUCCAUUAAUCUACAGUUUGAGGAAUAAGGAUGUCAAAAUUGCCCUGAAAAAAACCUUGAGCAGAAAAAUCUUCUCUUAA